AUGGCUUCUUCCGUCUUCUACAAAUGCCACCACUGCGGUCUCGAGACGGAUCUCUCGAACCAUCUGGCGGCGUUUGAAGAACAUCCUCACUGCAGACAGUGCGGACUAACGGCCUCUGAGAGCGAUAUCAAAAUGCAAGACGACCUCAUCAAUAUGAUGACUCGCAAUCUCCAGCUCAGCGCCCCUCAGAACGAUGUGUCCAUGCCUUCGACCCCGCAAGUCGUCCCGCAGUCAGCCCCCAUCACAUACAUCACUCAACACUAUCACCACUCUGCUCAUCAAGCACCAAAUGAUGCCCCGGUCUCGACCUUCCUCGAACGAGCCAACAUAAAUAUGUCGGCCCUCUUACCUUCACAGCUGCAGCUGUUCCAAAAUGCUGAUCCCGAGCAGAGAGCAAGAUUGAUAGAGCUUUGGCAGAUAGCACCCCCUACUCAUGGCAGUCAGAUGCACCCUGACCACUUCAGCAACUGGCCAGAGACGAGCAUAGAACGAGAAGAGGAGGCUGCCAAGUACCGGAUGCAGAUGUUCGAACAAGAGAAGUUGAAGAACCUUUGUGCGUUUCCUGGGUACGAUACGAAACACAAUGCUGAGCCCUAUAUAGUACAUGGCUAUGAGGCGUACCCUAACAGCAACGGAGUCACGGAUCUUGGAACUGCAAUGAUGCAGCCGGAAGAGUACACGAAAUCAACAGAUCCGGUGUACAACAGCCGGGAGUGGUGGCAUUUGGCGGAUGAGGAGCCCAUCGAGCAUCAAUAUGGUAUGCUUCAACAAAUGUGGGGCUAUGGGAUCGACUACUCCGCCGCGAAGAGAAGCGAUGGUGACUCGGAGAUGUCCUGA